AUGGCGCGCCCACUUGGCCGGGCACUCGCCCCCAGCCCCCGCCGCCGCCGCCACCCAUCACCGGCGUGCGCCGGGAUGCUUGUGACCGCGGGGCUGCUGCUCGCAUCCUUGUUACUCGGAGUGGCGGUGGCGCAGAACACACCGCCCACCUUCCAGGGCACCCUCUUUGGUGACCUGUACAUCUUCAGCGUUCCCGAAACCGACGACCCAACACCAACCGUUGGCACCGUCACUGCAACAGACCCCGAUGCGGGGCAGACCCUCCAGUACACGCUGUCUGGGAGUGGCUCUGCCGCGUUCAAAAUCGACCGUAACACGGGUGUGGUCACGUCGCGCCUUCCGCUCGACGCAGACUUUGGCACCACCACCUACGACGACAUCACCGUGUCUGUCUCAGAUGGCGUGGACUCGACCACGGGGCGCAUCCUCAUCGCCAUCACGGACGUCAACGACAACUCGCCCGUCUUCAACCAGGACCUGUACACGAUGAAGGUGGCUGAGGACCUCGAGGCGGACGUGACGUUUGUGUCUGUUAAGGCGGUGGACGUCGACGCCUCGACGCAGAACAGCCGCGUGACGUACUUCAUCAUUGGCGGUGACCCGGAUGGCAUCUUCCAGAUUGCCACCGUCAGCGGUGAGGGCAGGGUCUCUGUUGCCACGCAGCUUGACUACGAACGCAACAGGACGCACACGCUUGUGAUUGAGGCACGGGACGGUGGCACGCCGACCCGCACAGGCAACACCACCCUCUUCAUCGAAGUCACCGACGUCAACGACAACAGCCCACAGUUUACCAAGGCAUCUUACACAGCCAAUGUGAUUGAGAACCUCGAUGCGGGCACGUCUGUGCUUGUUGUUGAGGCGGAUGAUCUUGACAACGGCUUGAACGGCGAGGUGCGCUAUUCGCUGGUCGGCAGCGGCUUCCCCUUUGUCAUUGGCGCCGCAACGGGCCAGAUCACCACCACCGCCUCCCUCGACCGCGAGCAACAGCCGUCGUGGACGCUGACGGUGGAGGCGCGCGAUCGGGGCGUCCCGUCGCUCUCUGCGACUGUGCAGGUCGUCAUCGGCGUCACAGACGUCAACGACCACGUGCCGCAGUUCUUCAACCUGCCCUACGCGUGCAGCAUCAACGGAGAAACAGGCCCUCGGGCCAGCUCGACGGUGAAGACACACCCUAUCAACAUGUGGCGUUUGCCCUGUGCUGGAUUAGCAUCAAAAUGGCACAAAGCCUGCGAUCACCAUGUGCACUCACUUUGUUUCGUCUUGCACACCCCUCUCACGCACGACACAAUUGCGCUGACGGUGACUGCGCGAGACAGCGGCACACCGCCGGCGUCCAACUCCACCACCGUGCUGGUGACGGUUCUCGACACCAACGACAGCCCGCCCGUGUUUGCAACGCAAGAGCGCACGGUGACGUGGCGGGAGAACGCCACCAUUGGCACCGUUCUCACCACCAUCAACGUCACCGAUGCCGAUGUUGGCGCCAACGCGCAGCUCUCGGCCUCGCUGCUCAACUCUGACAUUUCCCUCUUCUCUGUCUCUGUGCAGAGCAACGCCGUUGUUGUCCUGCAGCUCACGGGCGCGCUCGAUUAUGACACCGUCACCUCCCACACCGUCACCAUCCAAGUGACGGACGGCGUGCACACUGCGCAGGCGGUGGUGACCGUGCAGGUGCUGGAUGUCAACGACAACUCGCCUGUCUUUGAGCGCGAGUCGUACGCCACGCGCGUGGCCGAGAACUCCGACACAGGCACCAUUGCCCUCAUUGUCACGGCAACAGAUGCAGACAGCGGCGAGAACGGCCGCGUGACGUACGCCCUCACGCCGCCCUCCACAGACUUUGCCAUUGACGCCACCACCGGCGUUGUGACCACGCUGACGGUGUUUGACGCGGAGGCCAUUUCCACGUCGUUUAACCUGGUGGUGACUGCCACGGACCACGGCGUGCCUGCACGCACGGACACGGCGACUCUGACCAUCAGCAUUGCCAAUGUCAACGACCUUGACCCCGUGUUCUCGCAGGACCGCUACAACCAGUACCUUCCGGAGAGCACGGAGACAAACCGCUUUGUGAUCCAGGUGGUUGCUGCCGAGAACGACCAGGGCAGCAACUCGCGUGUGCAGUACAACAUCACCAACGGCAACGACGACAACAUGUUCCGCAUUGACACGGUGAGCCAGGCCGGCAGCAUGGUGGGCAACAUCUACGCUGUGCGCGCGCUCGAUUACGAGAACAAGACGCAGCACACGCUGACGGUGACGGCGACCGACUUUGGCGUUCCACCCCGCUCCUCCACGGCGCAGGUGAAUGUGUAUGUGCUGGACAUCAACGACAACACCCCGCAGUUCCAGCGUCGCUCGUACGCGUUUAACGUGCUUGAGACGAUCAAGCGCAACACGCUGGUGGGCGAGUUCCAGGCCACGGACCGCGACAGCGGCCUGAACGCGCAGCUGACGUACCGCAUUGUGAACGGCUCGUCGGGCCACUUCAACAUCCCAAACAACCGCGAGGGCAAGAUGGUUGCGCUGUCCGGCAUUGACUACGAGGUCAAGUCGCAGUACACGGUGUAUGUGGAGGCCAAGGAUGAGGGCGCCCCCUCGCGCAGGGACGUUGUUCCCGUGUACAUCACCGUCAACGACACCAACGACAAUCCACCCAUCUUCCCCAAGACCAACUACUCGUGCGUCAUCCCAGAGAACCUCCCGGCUGGCCAAGUCUGCACCACCGUGUUUGCUACAGACGCUGACAAGGCCAACACGCCCAACUCGUUUGUGACGCACACGCUGCUGAACAACGAUGACGUGUUCACGGUGGAUCCGGACACGGGCCUGGUGACGACCACCAACCCCCUGGACUUUGCGUUGCAGAGCAGGUUCUCGCUCAUCAUAUCUGCCAUGGAUCACGGCACACCGCCGCUCACGGCAUCGGCCAACGUGCUCGUCACUGUCACCCCGGAAAACCUGUUUGCCCCCGUCUUCCGCUCCAACGAAUACGAGGCGACCGUCACAGAGGGCGCCUUUGCGUCGCUGGACAUUGUGCGGGUGCAAGCGGACGACGCUGACGAGUUUGGAGACAACCGCCGCGUGUCGUACACGGUGGUGACGCACGACGACCUGUUCACCAUUGAUGAGACGACGGGCAGCCUCAGCACGCUGCCCACGGGCCUGGACAGGGAGGCCUCGGCUGUGUACUUUGUCACCAUCCGCGCGCGCGACCACGCCCUCAUCCCCAAGGAGUCGUUUACGGACGUUAAGGUCGUCGUUCGCGACAUCAACGACAAUCCGCCCACCUUCCCGCAGAACCCGGCAACGUUUGUUGUUCCCGAGGACGCCGCCGUGGGCACAGUUGUUGCUCGUGCGCAGGCGAUUGACCCAGACGUUGGCCAGAGCGGCAACAUCACGUACUCGCUCGUUGCGCCCACCGCCGUUGUGUCGCUUGACGCGCGCACGGGCGCGCUCACCCUCCUGCAGCCGCUGGACCGUGAGACCACGCCCAUGUACACGGUGCGCGUGACGGCGCGUGACAACGGCGCUGCGGCUGGCUUUGCCAACCUUGGCUCGCCACAGGAAGCGUCCAUUGUGCUGGUGGUUGGCGACAUCAACGACCACGACCCGCAGUUCAACAAGACCAUGUUCACGGCCAGCACGCCGGAGAACGUGGCCGUGCACGUGCCCAUCCUCACAGCGGGCGCCACGGACGCGGACGCCGGUGCCAACGCGCAGCUUGUGUUCAGCCUGUCCAACGCCAACGGCACGUUUGAGGUUGACGUCACCACGGGUGCCAUCAGCGCUGCUGUUCCGCUCGACUAUGAGACGCGCCGCACCUACGCCUUCAAUGUCCACGUUGAGGACCGAGGUGUGCCUGCGCGACGUGACACUGCCACUGUGGUGAUCACGGUGACGGAUUCCAACGACAAUGCGCCGGCGUUUGCGCAGAUGACAUACGUUGGGGCUGUGAGCGACAUUGCUGCAGGCGGCAGCACCAUCCUUACCGUGUCUGCCACGGACGCGGACGAGGGCGACACCAUCACCUACAGCAUCCGCAACGUCUUUGGUUACCCGACGCGCGGCUCGGGCAUCUUCGAGAUUGACGCGUCCACGGGCGAGAUCAAGGUGCCUGCUGGCGGCGGCAACUACGACUACGCCCAGACCUUCUCGUACCAGCUGGAGGUGCAGGCUUCCGAUGGGUACAACACGGACAUUGCAAACGUGCUGCUCUCCGUGGAGAACACGAGCAACGAGCCGCCGGCGUUUGAGUCGAGCACGUACGCGGUGACCGUCUCGGAGACGACGAGCAUCGGCACCACCAUUGCCGUGCUCACGGCCAUUGACGGCGACGACCCGGAUCUGCCGCUCUUCUACUCCAUUGACGACCAGAGCGGCACCUUCUCCAUCGACGAGGCCUCUGGCGCGGUCACGGUGGCGUCCACCCUCCCCGGUGCGCCGUCCGUCCUCAGCAUGACCGUCACCGCCGCAGACUCGCCGGACGCAAACGCAAAGACGGGCUCCGCACAGCUUAUCGUCACCGUCGCCGACCCCACAGACAACGUGCCCCUGUUUGCCUCCCCCACCUACUCGUUCACCGUUGUGGAGAACGACGCCGCAGCCUCUGUUGGCACGGUGGAGGCCCUGGUGGCGGGCUCCAGCAACCCGAGCGUCAUCUACACCAUUGCGCAGGGCGACCCAGAGGGGCUCUUCUCCAUCCACGCCAACACGGGCGUGCUCUCGCUCACGGGCGCGCUCGACCGCGAAACGGUGCCCACGUACACGCUCGUGGUGAAGGGCACCCUCAACAGCGACGAGGCGACCACCAUCGUGCAGAUUGUUGUGGGCGACGUCAACGACAACGCCCCCUUUAUGCAGUUCCCGCUGUACACGCUGUCCCUUGCCGAGUGCACGAGCGGCGCCUGCCCAACGGGCGCGCUCGCCCUCUCGCCCACAGCCAAGCCCGUCGCUGUUGACGCGGACGCCACGCCCCCGCAGUACUUUGUGUCUGGGGACGCGCGCUUUGUCAUGGCCACGGACGGCACGCUGUCGCUUGCCUCUGGGGCGGCCUUUGACCGCGAGCUGGCUGCGGACCGCAACAUCACCCUCACCGUGAUGGCUUCGGAUGGCGUUGCGCAGUCGUCGGCCUCGAUCGUCGUCACCAUCACCGACGUCAACGACAACGCGCCCGUGCUGCAGUUUGCGGACGGCCUCACCGUCGAGCUGCCGGAGAACACGCCGCUCGGCAGCGUGGCGUACACGGUGCAGGCGACAGACCCGGACGUGGAUGACCAGGUCACGUACGCGAUUCAGGGCGAUGACGCCGUGUUCUUCGCCAUGGACCCGCUCUCCGGCUCGCUGCUGGUGUCGGCGCCCUUUGACUUUGAGACGGCCCCGCUCCUGAGCCUCACCGUGAUGGCCACCGAUGGCGUCCACACGGUCACGGCCACACUCAACAUCGACAUCUCCGACGUCAACGACCACGUGCCCGUGUUCAACGACACGGACAUCACCGUCAACAUGCUGGAGAACGUGCCUGCAGGCACGCUCGUGGCGUCCGUGUUUGCCACAGACCAGGACUCUGGCGCGCUGGGCAACGUCACCUACAGCAUCUCCGGCGCCACGGACGAGGGCUUCUUCACCGUGGGGCGCACCACGGGGCAGCUCCUGCGCACGUCCAAGGUGGUCUCGUACGACGAGCGCCGCGUGCUGACGCUGAACAUCAACGCCCAGGACGGCGGCGACCCGCCCGGCCGCGCCGUGCUGCCAGCAACCGUCACCGUCAUCGUGGACAACGCCAACGUGGAGCCGCCCGUGUUUUCGCGGCCGCUCUUCCGAGGGUCCAUGCCCGAGCACAGCAGCAUCGGCUUCACCGUGCUCAACGUGUCCAGCACGGACCCGGACCGCCCGCCCUCUGCCGAGUACGAGAUGCGCUACGCCAUUGUCAACGAGACGCGGUUCACCGUGGAGGAGUACACGGGCGCCAUCAAGGUGGCUGCCGACCUGGACCGGGAGGCCCUGCUCCCGAACGGCCUGCCGGAGAUUGAGUUUGUUGUGCGCGCCACGGACCUGGGCACGCCCCCGCUCUCCUCGGAGGCGCGCGUGCAGAUCACCAUCACCGACAUCAACGACAACCCGCCCAUCCCAGACACGACCAACGUCACGGUGUACUUUGACGAGGAGCAGCCGGUGGGCACGCUGGUGUACCGCCUGGCCGUGACAGACGUGGAUCUCGGCGCCAACGCGCGCCCGGCCUUCACCAUCCUCACGGGCAACGAGGAGGACCUGUUUGAGAUGGGCGACUCGGGCUCCAUCGUGACAAAGGCCGUCUUUGACCGCGAGGCGAUGGGGCACGGCCGCACGCUGGUGAUUGGCGUGCAUGACAGCGGUGUCCCGCCACAGACGGGGCCAAACGUCACCAUCUCCCUCAUCCUGCGCGACAUCAACGACAACCUGCCCACCUUUGGCUUCACGCAGACGAGCGUCGCCGUGCGCGAGAACGGGCCGUGGCCCAAGUUCCUGCUGCUCGCCAACGCCUCGGAUGCGGACGCGGGCCUCAACGCCCAGAUCCGCUACUCCCUCCUGCCCGUGGAGAUGCGGCAGUUCUUCUACGUGGACGAGCUCACGGGCGCCGUGUACCAGAACACGUCCUUUGAUCGUGAGCUGCGCGCGCAGUACGUGCUGACGAUUCGCGCGUCGGACCCCGCCAACCACGCCGACGCCACCGUCACCGUGAACGUGCUGGACGAGAACGACAACGCGCCCAUGUUCGACCGCACCAACUACACGGUCACCAUCGCCGAGAGCAAGCCCGUGGAGCGCACGUUCCUGUCCAUUGUGGCCCUGGACCCGGACCAGGGCGCCAACGCGCAGGUCAACUACAGCAUCGCCUCGGGCGACCCCAACGGCGUGUUUGAGCUCGACUCCGCCACGGGCGGCCUGUGGCUGAAGCAGCGCGUGGACUUUGAGCAGCUGCGCGGCAACUCCACGUGCAAGCCCAACGUCAACGGCACCGGGUUUGUGGAGUCGAUUCUGCUGUACGUCACGGCGCGCGACUCGGGCACGCCGCCCAUGGAGACCACGACCACGGUCACCGUGCUGGUGGAGGACGUGACCGACUCCCCGCCCGCGUUUGAGAAGGACAGCUACGUGUUCCACUUCCGCGAGAACCAGGGCUCUGGCGUGGAGCUGAGCCCCGCGCUCGUCGCGCACAACGUGGACUGCCUGCAGCAGGGGCAGACGCUCAUGUACGGCCUGCAGGGGUCCAACCUGCCCUUUAUGAUGCAGACGGCGACGGGCGUGCUUGUGUCGACGGGGAACGUGGACCGCGAGGCGACGCCGCAGAUUGAGGUCACCGCAACCGUGACGUCCGGCUCCUUUGUUGGCCUGGCCACGGUUGUCAUCAUCAUUGAUGAUGAGAACGACAACUCGCCCUCCUUUGCGCAGUCGCCCGUGACGCAGGCCAUUGACGAGGUGUCGUACCCGACCACCGUGUACACCGCCAAGGCCACGGACCCGGAUGCCGGCGCGUUUGGCACCGUCACCUACACGCUCGCGGACACGAUUGACGGCCUCUUCUCCAUCAACAGCACCACGGGCGCCAUCUCCAACACGGGCGCCCUGUGCGGCUCUGCCAGCUCCUCCUACGACCUCACCGUGCGCGCCACGGACGGCGGCGGCCGCAUCUCCUCUGCGCAGGUCAACGUGAUUGUGCGCAUUGUCGACAACCGGCCCCCCGUCAUUGCCAACGAGCUGCCCUCGGCCGCGCUGCAGGAGGGCCUGCCCAGCGACACGCUGGUGACCACCAUCUCCGCGGUCGACCCGGACUGCGGCGACUCUGUGCUGUACAGCAUCGUGGGCGGCACGGGCACGUCGCGCUGGUUCCGCAUCAACUCCAACGGCCAGCUGCUCACCACGGGCCCCACCAACCGCGAAGAGCACACCUCGUUUGACGUUGUCGUGCGCGUGCAGGACGACGCCACGCCCGACCCGGCCUUUGACUCGGUCGUGGUCAAGGUGACCAUCCUCGACGUGAACGAGUUUGACCCGGCAUUCAGCCUCCCGCUGUACAGCGUGAGCGUGGUGGAGACCCUGGCGCAGGGCAUGCCGUUCCUGCAGGUGGAGGCCACAGACAGCGACGCGUGCGACACGUGCCACAUCACGUACUCGAUUGUGGACGGCGACGACGCUGGCGUGUUUGCCAUCAACACCACCACGGGCGAGAUUAGCCGCCAGCGCAACCUGUGCCUCAACGACCAGUCGUCGUACACGCUGCUGGUCGAGGCCAGCGACAACGGCUCCCCGGCGCGCAAGGCCUCCGUGCCCGUCCUCAUCGACGUGCUCCUGGGCGACGCGCACGCGCCCGCGUUCCCCAGCACCAGCGCCACGGCCUCCGUGGUGGAGGGUGCCACCGUGGGCACGCGCGUGACCACCGUGCAGGCCGUGGACGUGGACUGCGGUGACCGCCUCACGUACACGCUCGAGGGCACGGGGCACCUGCUCACCGGCGACCCAAGCGUGGCCGUGUUUGGCGUGGGCGCCAACACUGGCGAGGUAUUUGUGGCCUCUGCCAUCCACUACGCUGACGCCAGCUCGUACACGCUCACCGUGCGCGCCACAGACGAGGGCGACAGCACGCACCCGCCCGAGUUUGACGAGCUCACCCUCACCAUCACCGUCAACAACACCAACGACAACGCACCCGUGCUGUCCCUGGGCCAGGCCUCCGUCACCCUCUCCGAAGACGCCUCCACAGGCACGGCCGUGACCACGGCCAGCGCCACGGACGCGGAUGGCGACGCCGUUGCCUUCAGCUUCGUCUCUGGCAACGCAGACAAUGCCUUUGCCAUUGACGCGAGCACGGGCGCCAUCACCGUGGCCGCGCCCCUGUGCGCGAGCCUGCUUGACACGUACACCCUCGUUGUGCGCGCGACCGAUGACGGUGAACCCACGUCCCUGUACACGGACGCCGUGCUCACCGUCACCCUCACCGCGGGCAACACGUUUGCGCCCGCGUUCUCCACUGUACUGUAUGAGGCCAACGUGGCUGCUGACGCCGCCCUCAACUCUGUGGUGCUGGUGCUCAGCGCCACGGACGCGGACUGCGAGGACACGACACUCACCUACUCGCAGGUGGGCGGUCCCAGCUCCCGCGUGUCGGUGACGUCUGCGGGUCUCAUUGUCGUGGCCUCCAGCUCCCUGCAGCAGGGCGACGAGGAGAUUCUGACCGUGCAGGCGCAGGAUGGCGCAUCCAACACGGAUCAGGCCAACGUGCGCGUGCGCGUCGUCGCCGCGGACCCCAACGCGCCGGCGUUCUCGCAGCCCAUGUACACGGCCAACGUGGCGGAGAACGCGGCUGCGGGCACCCUCGUCGGCCUCGUUUCUGCCGGCACCGUCUCUGCCACGCACACCUUCUCCAUCACUGCCGGCAACGAUGACGGCGCGUUCUCGCUGGGCGCCAGCUCUGGCGAGCUUCGCGUGAACCAGGCCGGCCUCCUGUGCGCCGACACAGAGCCGUUGCGCCGCCUCGUGCUCAGCGUGGCAGACACGGCCUUUCCCGCAAGCGCUGCUGGCGUGGCCGUGUUUGAUGUGACGGUCACCAACGCGAAUGCCGCGUCCCCAUCGUUUGCGGUGAGCACGGCGAGCGUGUCUGUUCCCGAGAACACGGCCACCGGCACGGUCAUCACCACGCUGGCCGCCACGGACGCGGACUGCGGGGACGACUACGCCCUCACCUACAGCGUCAUCUCCGGCGACACGACGCCGGCCACCUUUGUGCUGGACAGCGCAAGCGGCGUGCUCACGCUGGCACGGGCGCUCGACUACGAGCAGGCCAACGGCCAGCCGCGCCAGUUUGUCAUGGGCGUGCAGGUGGCGGAUGCGGGUGGCAAGACCGACGUGUCCUUGCUCACCAUCACCGUGACGGACGUCGACGAUGAGGCGCCCGUGUUUGCCAACACGGAGUACAGCGCCGUGGUACACGACGGUGUGGCGGUUGGCGCCCCCGUGCUACGGGUGCAGGCCACGGAUGCAGACGCGCUUGCCCUGCCUGUGGUGCAUCGCAUUGUGUCUGCGACCGGGCCCAUCUCCCUGGCCACGGCCGCCUUCCCGUUUGCCAUUGAAGUGACGACGGGCAACGUCUUCCCGCGCCACCGCCUGUGCCUGGCCGACCGCAACAGCCCCGGCGUGACGUACCUGCUGCAGAUUGAGGCGGGCGACGGCACCCGCACGGCCACGGCCACGGCCAACGUCACCAUCCUGCCCGGCAACGCCAACGCGCCCGUCUUCAGCGUGCCGGAUGCCACCGUGAGCGUGCUCGAGUCUGUGCAGGCGCCGACCGCGGUGGCCACGGCGUACGCCACGGACGGCGACUGCUUUGACAGCGUGUCGUACGCGCUGCUGAGCGUCAACGGCAACACCAGCGUGCACAUGAGCGCGUUUUCCGUGAACGCUACUACGGGCAUCGUGACGCUGGUUGAGCCGCUCGACUACGAGGUGCAGGACACCUACGAGCUUCGCGUGCAGGCUUCGGACAGCGCCACGCCCGUGCCCAACACGGCCACCACCACCAUCACCAUCGCCGUCGGCAACGUGAACGACCACAAGCCCGUGUUCACGCACACGCAGAUGUCUGCCAGCGUGACGGACACCGCGUCUGCGGGCUCAGCGAUUGGCACGGUCAAGGCGACGGACGGCGACGGCGACCUGGUGCUCUUCAACAUUGUCGGUGGCGAUGCGGGCUCCGCCUUCCGCGUCGAUCCCACCACUGGAGUGAUUGUGCGCGCGCUUGGGCCGCUCUGCGCAGCCGACAAGAGCACGUACAACCUCAUUGUGCGCGCCACGGACACGGGGACGCCGCCGCAGUCGACCGACACGCAGUUCACCAUCACCGUGACGGCGGGCAACGCGUUUGCUCCCGUGUUCACGCAGGACCUGGUGCGGGUGACGCUGCUGGAGACAGCCUCCCUGGGCGACUACGUCACGCGCGUGGAGGCAACGGACCAGGACUGCGCAGACGAGGCGGAGAUCCGCUACCGCGUGGUGAGCGGGGACACGACGCCGCCCACGUUUGACCUCGACACGGUUGGCGGCGUGAUCACGCUCGUGCGCGAGCUGGACUUUGCCGAGCGCUCCUCCUUCUCGCUGCAGCUGUCUGCCUCUGAUGGCGAUCUCUCCGACACCAUGUAUGUGCUCAUCAACGUGGUGGAGACGUCGCCCGACUUCCCGCUGUUCACCAGCUCGCGCUACACGGCGGACCUGGCCGAGUCGGCCAGCAUCGGCACGACGGUGGCGACGGUCGCCACCAACCGCACCGGCAUUGCCUCCUUCAGCAUCACGGGCGGCAACUCGGCCGGCAAGUUUGCCGUGGACGCCAACAGCGGCGCCAUCACGCUCAUGUCGCGCGUGUGCGCUGCGUCGGAGGACGCGUACAGCUUGCAGGUGCAGGCGCAGUCGAAGACGCGGCCCGACCUGCAGUCGUACACGCUGGUGGACGUGAGCGUGGUGCCGGCCAACACGGCCGCGCCCGCCUUCUCCCAGGCCCAGUACAGCGUCAACGUCUCGGAGACGGGCAGCGUGGGCAGCGUGCUGCUGCAGCUGCAGGCAACCGACGCCGACUGCCGGGACGCGGUCACAUACCGCAUCACCGGCGGCAACAGCAACGGCCUGUUUGCCAUCAACCGCGAGACGGGCGAGCUCGCUGUUGUGCAGCCGCUCAACGCAGACGUGAGCAGCGGUGGCGCUGCGCAACACACGCUCACCGUAGCCGCCACGGAUGACUUUGCCUCGUCCCCGCGCACCUCCACCGCCACCGUGCUCGUCACCGUCCUCAACGUGAACCAGUACGCGCCCGUGUUUGCUGCCACGUACAGCGGCACGUUUGCCGACUCUGUGUCGACUGGCACGGAGCUCGUGCUGGUCGGGGCGACCGACGCGGACGGCGACAACAUUGCCUAUGCCAUCACCUCCGGCAACACGGGCAACGUGUUUGCCAUUGACGCUGUGACGGGCAGCCUGACGCUGGCCGCUCCCGUGUGCUCGCGCACGCAGAGCUCGUACACACUGGUGGUGACGGCGACGGACGACGGCCAGCCGGAGGCACGCAGCGCGGGCACGGUUGUCCAGCUGAGCUUCUCCGCGUCCAAUGCGGCGUCGCCGGUGUUUGAGCAGGCCAGCUACAGCUUCACCGCAGACAGCUCCCUCAACGCGUACGCCGGCCGCGUCAGGGCCACGGACGCCGACUGCGACGACAGCAUCACGUACACGCUGAACCGCAACACGCAGUUUGCCUUCACCAUCCACCCAACGACGGGCGUGAUCACCGUGGUCGCACCGCUGACGCAGGACACGCCGUACGUGCUGGACGCCGUGGCCACGGACGCCGGCGGCCGCUCCACGCUCGUUGAGGUGCAGAUCACCAAGCAGGCGCCCGCGCCAAACACGCCCCAGUUCUCCCAGAACAAAUACACGGUGAGCGUGCCGGAGACAACCGCCACAGGCAGCGUGCUCACGACGGUGGCAUCGGCGACCGCCGGGACCACGUACACGUACACGAUUGCCUCUGGCAACGACGCCAACGUGUUUGACCUGGGCGCGAGCACGGGCGCGGUGACGCUGCUGGUGGCGCAGUGCGCGCGCACGGCGCCGGCGUACUCGCUGGUGCUGGAGAUUCGCGACUCGCGCUUUGAUGGCCUGGUUGGCUACGCUGUCCUGGACGUGACCAUCUCCAACGUCAACGACAACGCGCCAACGUUCUCGCCCGCCACGCUCACCGUGACAGUGCCCGAGAACACGGCCAUGGGCACGUUUGUGCUGCAGGCGACGGCGACGGACGCCGACUGCGGCGACGCGCUUGGCCUGCGGUACUCGAUCAACACGCUCGACUCUGACCUGUCUGCCAACCAGGAGUUUGGCAUUGACGCGAGCACGGGCAUUGUCACGCUGCUGCGCGCCCUGGACUACGAGACGCGCACGCAGUACACGGUGGCCAUUGACGCGCGCGACGACGGCGUGCCCUCUCGCGUGGGCCGCCUGACGCUGGUGAUCAAGGUGGGCAACGUUCCCGACGAGCCGCCCGUGUUCAACCCGAGCUCGUACAUGGUGACGCUGGGGGAGGCCAAUGUCAUUGACUCGCCCAUCGUGCGCCUGACGGCGACCGACCCCGAGGGCACCGAUACCGUGAGCUACAGCAUCAUCGCCGGCAACGUCGACGACACGUUCCGCCUGGACCCCGUGAGCGGCGAGCUGGUGAACCAGGCGCCGCUGUGCGCGCAGCGGAACCCCCAGCAUGUGCUCACGGUGCAGGCGACAGACUCUGUCGACACGGCCACGGCCACGGUGACCAUCAACGUGUCCAACGAGAAUCUGCACGACCCCGUGCUGAGCGUGGAUUCCUACCCGAUUGUCGUCUCGGAGCUUGCCGGCCCCGGCGAGUUUGUGGCGCAGGUGAGCGCCACGGACGAGGACUGCGGCGACACGGAGGCCAUCGCCUUUUCCAUCAUCAGCGGCGACAACGCCACGGACCCGCACUUCACCAUCGACAACAGCACCGGUGUGGUGCGGCUGCUGCGCUCGCUGGACCGCGAGGAGCGCAGCAGCUUUGUGCUUCGCAUCCAGGCCUCGGACGAGCAGACGCCCGUGCGCCGCGUGAGCACGGCGCCGCUCGUGGUAGUGAUCGCCGACGCCAACGACUCCCCGCCCGUGUUCUCCCAGGCCUCGUACAGCGCAGACGUGCAGGAGACCAUUGCCGCGGGCACGACCGUGCUGACGGUGGAGGCCGUGGACGGCGAUCGCACGCAAGCGCGCCCCGUCCGCUACACCAUCACCACGGGCAACGCGCUGGGCCGCUGGGCCAUCGACACCGUCACGGGCGCCAUCACCAGCACGCAGGCGCUGUGUGCCGCCGACCAGUCUGUGUACACGCUGACGGUGGUGGCCUCUGAGGGCGCGUUUGGCACCGGUGGCCAGUCCACCUCGGUGACCGUGACCCUGACCGUGCUCAACGUCAACAACCACGCGCCGCAGUUCCCCGUGGCCACGCUGCAGCUCAACGUGUCCGAAGGCGCGGCAGACGGCCAUGUGGUGACCACGGUCGCUGCCACUGACGCGGAUUGCGGGGACACGGCCGCCCUCACCUACAGCAUCGUCAGCGGCAACGUGGCGGACGCGUUUGCCAUUGACCCCAGCACGGGCGUGAUCAGCAUCAACGGGUCGGUGGACCGCGAGACGGCCGCCCUGUACGUGCUCAGCGUCAGGGUGACGGACGACGUUGUGGAGAACCCGCUCACGGACACGAUCAACAUCCUCAUUGACAUUCUGGACAUAAACGACAACGUGCCCACCUUCUCCAAGACGCAGUUCACCGCAUCCAUCCCUGAGUCCACGGCCGCGGGCUCGUCGCUGCUCACCGUGUUGGCGCGCGAUCCGGAUCUCGGCGCCGGCGGACAGGUGCGCUACAGCAUUGUGUCUGGCAACGACGACGCCGCCUUCUCCCUGGACCGCGCCACGGGCGAGCUGACGCUCAGCAAGAUGCUUGACUACGAGGCAGCAACCACGCGCGACCUGCAGAUUCUGGCCUCCGAUGGCGGCACCCCGCCGCUCACACGCUCGGGCAGCGUGCGCAUCACCGUCACCGACGUCAACGACAACCCGCCCGUGUUUGAGCAGGCCUUUGUUGCCCACGUCGCCGAGGAUGAGGUGGCCGACGUUGACCUGGUGCAGGUGCAGGCGGUGGACGCGGACACGGGCAGCAACGCGCAGAUUGUGUACUCGAUUGUCGCCGGCAACGAGCAAAACUUCUUCUCCAUCGACGCGGCGACGGGCAUGCUGUCCUUCAACGCCAACGCGUCUGGCAACGCGCCCGUGCUCGACCGCGAGCAGCGUACCACGUACCACGUCGUGGUCCUGGCCCGCGACCCGGUUGUGGCCUCCUUCAACGACACCACGGCCGUCACGGUGCGGGUGACGGACGUCAACGACGAGCCACCGCGCUUCCCGUCACACCCGCUUCGUUUCCGCGUGCCCGAGCAAGUGGACGGUGGCAACACCACCAUUUUGCUCCCCGCCACAGACCUGGACAGUUACCCGAACAACAUCAGCGUGUUCACGCUCCUGUCGGAGGAGGUGCCUGGCUCCUUUACGGUGGAGCCCGACGGUCGCCUGGUGUCCCUGAUCACGCUCGACCGCGAGAUGGGCCAGAUUACGUACAACGUCACGGUUCGCGUGCACGAUGCCGGCAACAUCGACUUCCAGGACGAAACAACGGUGAUUGUGGAGGUGCUGGAUGUCAACGACCACUCGCCCGUGUUCUCCGUGCCCGAUUUCUACAGCCGCCGCCUGCCGGAAGGCGACGCCUUCAACGACACCGUCAUCCUCAACAUCACGGCAACGGAUGCGGACAACUCGCCGGCCUCGCGCGUGACGUACGCCAUCGUGUCCGGCAACGUUGACGACACCUUCGAGCUGGACGCGGACACGGGCGCGCUGUGGCUGCGAAAGUCGCUGGACUUUGAGACGAGGAGCCAGUUCUCGCUCAACGUGUCUGCCUCCGACAGCGGCACGCCCGUGCACACCACUUACAUCACCGCCAUCAUCUUUGUUGCCGACGUCAACGACAACGCGCCCGUGUUCAACCAGACGAGCUACGAGGUGCACGUGUCUGAGGACGCGAGCGUGGGCGACCUGGCGCUGCAGCUGGUGGCCACGGAGCGGGACACGGUUGCCACGACUGUGAUGUACAGUAUUGCGCUCGGCUCGCGCGGCGACUUUGCCAUCAACGCCAGCACGGGCGCCAUCACCGUUGCGUCCGCGCUUGACCGUGAGACGUUUGCCACGUACCAGCUGCUGGUGCAGGCCACGGACAACGGCAUGCCACCCAACGUUGGCUCCGUGGAGGUGACGAUUCGCAUCGACGACGUCAACGACAACACACCCGCGUUCCCCAGCGGCACCGCCACCACCUCCUUGAGUGAGAGCGCAGCCAACGGCACGCUCAUCACCACGCUGCAGGCGGUUGAUGCUGACGCGGGUAAUGCCAGCGUGAUCAGCUACUUCCUCACGGAGACCGACCCCGUUGCCCUGGCGAACUUCCCCUUUGAGCUGCGGAAGGACGGUGGCCUGUACCUGAAGACCCAGGUCGACUACGAGUCGCAAACCACGUACUCCUUUGGCGUGAGCAUGCGCGACCACGGUGUCCCUGCUCGCACGGGCAGCGGCACCAUCACCGUGAACGUGCUUGACGCCAACGACAACGCGCCCGUGUUUGGGCAGUCGCCGUUUGUCGCCACCCUUGGGCGCGCCGCGGCCGUGGGAACGCCGAUCUUUCAGAUCAACGCCACGGACGCAGACUCUGGUCCUAACGCGCUCCUGCGGUUCUCGCUGGUGUCCACCAGCCACCCGGGCUACGUCAGCCUGGACCCGGCAACGGGCGUGCUCACGCUCACCCGCUCGCUGUGCGGCUUCACGGACGCCGCGGUGCAGCUGAGCGUCAUGGCCCGCGACGGCGGCAUCCCCGUGAUGCAGACGCAGGGCUUUGUCAACGUGCGCGUGGUGGAGGAGAACACGGCCGCACCGGCGUUCAACCAGACGCAGGUGAGCACGUCCAUCUCCUCUGGCGCAAAGGCCGGCGUGCUGGUGGCCACGGUCAUGGCCACGGACGGCGAUGCGGCGUGCGGUGAGACGAGCGGCAUCGCCUACAGCAUCCUGGACGGCAACGUCGGCAACACGUUCACCAUCGAUCGGCUGAGUGGCGAGGUGCGCACGGGCCGCGACGUGUCCUCGGACCUGCCCACCGCGUUCACCCUCACCAUUGAGGCGGACGACCAAGGCCGGCCGCAGGCCAGGCAGGGCACCAUGACGCUGCGUGUGCUGGUGGUGGACGAGCUGCUGCCCACCUUCUCCAUCUCUGGGCGCGGCUUCCUCAUCGGCAACACGGCGCGCAACGCCAAUGGCGACGUGCAGCAGCAGUUUGGCCUCCUGGUGGACGCCAACGUGCUGAGCACAGGCACCGUCACCACGCAGUUUGGUGCCCUGAGCGCCUCUGGCAACUUCCGCGACGCGCGCAAGGACGCGACGACGGUGCGGGCGGUGCUGCUGAACGAUGACGACGAGGUGUGGUACGACGACGCAUCCGUCCGCGUGGCCUUGCAAGUGCGGGAUGAGGACUUCUCCUCCCGCCUCUCCGCCACCACCGUGCGCGUGGAGCUGGUGCCGGACCAGGCGCUGCUUGACAUCCAGAGCUCGAGCAUCUCCAAGCAGUGCACCACCAACGUCAACACGGGCGUGUGCUCGCUGACGACCGCGGACCUGCCCGCGGCGUACUUCGUUCCGGGCGAGGACCACCGCGUCACCGUGCGCUAUGGCAUCGCCGGCAGCACCAUGACUGACCUGGCAUCGGUGCUGCUGCGCCCGCGCAUCAGCGUGUCGGAUUCGCUGUACGUGGACGACGUUGUGCAGGAGCUGCCUGGCCGGCCCGUGUACCCUGGCCAGCGCUUCCGCGCCACCGUGUCCACGGACGUGACAUACUACGUGACGACGUUCACGCUCUCCUUCACCACAGACAGCAACAUUGCCCUGGAGCGCAUCAACAUUGACUCGUCGCUGUGGAACUCCAUUGUCACCGAGUCUGGCUCGACCACGGUCAUUGCCGCCAACGCCGUGCCGGACAAGAUUCAGCAGGGCGAGGUGGGUCGCCAGCAGCUCAUUACCAUCGACUACAUUGUGCAGUCUGGCGCUACCACGGACGCCUUUGCCUCCAUGAGCAUGGUGGUGGAGGGCCUUGGCAGCACGCGCGUGUCGCGUGUCAAGGUGCGCGGCCAGACGGGCUCUGUUGCCGGCACCUUCAUCUCCCGCUCGGGCACGGGCCGCACCGGCCAGGUGUACAUUGCCGCCAACGGCGUGCGCGGCGUGAUUGCCUACGCAGCUCAGAGCCAGGUGGUCAACACGGCGCGGCUCACGGGCAGCGCGCAGACGGUUGGCAUCACCACGCUCGCGUGCUACGCCUGCCCGCGCUCGUCGGCCACCGCGGCCUGCAGCGACUCGUGCUCGUCUGCGAGCGCCAGCUGCAGCAGCGCCAACGCGGCUGUGCUGCAGACCUCGGGCUGCUCCAUGCGCCUGGACGGCACGGAGACGAGCGGGGCCACCAGCGCGGACGUGGUUGUCACCAUUGGCAGCGCCUCCACGCGCGUGCCCUUCAAGGUGUGGCACCCGGCCACGCCGCUUGCCCUCACCACGAGCGAUGCCAGCCUGGGCCAGUUCUCCGAGUACCGCGACGAGGCCAACGCCUGCGCCGCCAUCUUCCAGUCGGCGGACAUUGCUGCCCACGCGGACUUCUCCCUGGGCUCUGGCUCGGCCGUGGUGACGGUGGAUGUGACGGAGACCGUCAAGUCGCGCCUGGCCGUGAGCAACGGUAACGUGGCGCUGAGCAAGACGGCGUCCCCGCCCACCAUCACGGGCCAGAGCGUGGGCAGCGCGCAGGUGUCUGUUGUGACGAGCGAUGGCCGCACCGUGGGCACGACCGCCGUCGACGUGACCACGGACCCCGUGGGCGUGAUUGACCUGAACGUCGUGGUGGCCUCUGAGCUCACGCUUGAGGAGCCACAGUCCACGACCACGUACGCCCGGUCCAGCUCCCCCGCCGCGCUUGCGCAGUACUCGCUCAAGCUUGACGUGGAGGGCCGCAUCGGCCACGUGAUUGCGUCCGCCGUCAUGGACGACGGCACGCGUGUUGCCGUGUCCUCGGCCAACGGGCUCAUGCUCACGUCCUCCAACGCUGCGGUGGCGUCCAUCAUGCCGGACCAGGUGGUGGCCGGCACGGACUCUGACAGCGUGCGCGUGACGGCGGCGUGGCAGGCGUGCGGACAGACCAUCGCCACGCGCAACGUGGACCUCGAGGUCACGCUGGCUGACCCGAUUGGCGUGGAGAUCACGUCCUCGGAGAGCCGGAUCGUGUCGUCGGCGGACCCGCUGGCCCGCGAGAGCUCCAUCAAGACGUUCAGCACCGUGCGCGUGUUCCUGCUGUACGAUGGCAACCGCAAGAAGGAGAUGACCCUCGACGACCGCAUCGAGUACCGCUUGGAGGACAGCAACGGCCUGUUCACCGUGGAGCGCAACGGCGAUGCCCAGCGCAUCGUGCCCAACUCCAACGGGGACGUGGGCACGGGCCGCCUCUUUGUCACCUUCACCAACCUCAACGAAACGCUCCUGCGCAGCCUCCCGGGCAACGGCGUCAACGUCAAGGUUGUCAAGCUGGCUGGCGUGAGCGUGUUCUCCUCGCCCUACCCCACGUACUCUGGGUCAGCCUCCGUGUCUGAGACGACGCUGAGCCGCAUCGGCCCAACGUCCGUGCGCCAGAGCGCCGUGCUUGCCAUGACCCUGAGCAUCUCCGACGGCACGACCCUGUCUGUGAACACCCACCCGGAGACGAGCUACGUCACGUACAGCGCGGGCACGACCACGCCCAACAACAACGUGGUGGCCAUUGGCGACUCUGGCACCAUCAAGCUGAUGGAGGCCCUGAACGAAGGCACGGUGGACCUGAUUGGUGCGUUUGCCGGCGUGGAGGCGUCCUCGCUGCAGAUCACCGUGGACGACCAGAACCCCGUGCAGGUGACGCAGCUGAAGAGCUUCUCCUUCGUCUCCACGCUCACGGGCGUGAUUGACCAGCAGACGUCGCAGGCCAAGCUUGCGUGCGUGCUGAGCGACGGCACGGAGUACUUGACGCUGUUUGCCAACAACGGCGACCCGACGCUGCCGGGCCUCAUCUCCUUCUCCCUCAGCACGACGCAGCCCGCAACCGUGGACGCUGCGCGCGGCACCGUCACCCUGCGCGGAAACUACCACGAGAACGUGGUGCUGACGGCGAGCGCAGUUGGCACCUCCGUCACUGCGACGAGGUCCUUCGCGUGCAACUUGCAGCCGGCCUUUGCCGACAUUGACCUGGGCGACAGCAGCGGCAUCCCCGUCAAGCCCGCCAGUGUGGGCGACACCAUCACCGUGCGCGUGGCCAUGAACGUGGCCAACACGCCGUUUGGUGCCUUCACGCUGCGCAUGUUCUACGACGACGCCAAGCUGGAGGCCGUGGACAACGGCCUGACGGAGGGCGCCAACUGGGGCGGCGGCCCGCUCGUGGCGCAGACCAACGACCCGCCAGGCGAGUACGUCGUGUCCGGCUCCCCAAGCGACGCCACGCAACAGGGCGCUGCCUACCACGUCGCCACCAUCAAGUUCAACGUCAUCGGCACCGGGCUCACCCAGAUUCGCGGCGUUGUGGAGCAGCUUGUGGAGGCGGACAUUGUGUCUGGGCAAACGCCGAUUGGCACGCCCGACCGCGACUUUGUGGCUGGCCUGGUCAACGUGCAGCUGAGCGCGGCCCGGCGCCGCCGUCGCAGCAGCAGCAGCAGCAGCAGCAGCAGCAAGGAAGACGUUGUUGCAACAGUGAACGUGCCACCCUCGUUUGUCCGCUACACGUCGGCAGGCAAGCAGCAGAAGAGCCAGCGCGUGCUGUCGCGUGGCCGCCGUGCAGACACGUGCGGCAGCGACGCAGAGACGGGCGACGCCAACGGCGACUGCGUGUUUGACAUUGUUGAUGUGGCGUACACGCUGCAGUACGUUGUGGAGGACCUGGUUGGGUUCACGGGUACGUAUGGCCCGGCCUUCCUUGCCUCGCCGCCCUCGUUGCGGCAGCUGAACAACAUGGAUGCGGACCGCAACGGCCUCAUUGACAGCAUCGAUGCCUUCUACUUGGCCAAGGCCUCCGUGCAGCUGUCGCGCUUCCUCAACGACCUCACCGUCAAGCCCAUCAACGUAACGAGCGAUGCCGGGUGUGUCGUGUACCUGGAGGCUACGGUGCUGCAGAAGGGUGACGUGGGUGACACCGCGCCCGACGCCCAGCAGCAGACGUACGUCUUCUUUGACCUCGCCUCCAAGCAGUCCGCCAUGACCAGCCUGUUUGCCUCGUCGGUGGACGACUGCCCGCAGUGCCUGGGCACCAAGGUGGCUGGCAUCGACCACACGGGCCAGUCGAACGGCGUGUUUGGCGGGCUCAUCCGCGCGGAGCGCGUCAACCCGUCUGCCGGUGUGUAUGCGGCCGCCAUCCAGACAGACAUGACCACGGACAACGUGGGCUCCAUUGGUGUCUCAGUGGUGGUGGUCACCCUCAACUCCAACCUGCGCACAGACCCCACGCGCAUCGAGUUUAUCGUCGGGCCGCCCGAGUCUGUGACCCCGCUCCUGUACCCGGACACCAUCAACUUCAACCUUCCCGUGCGGGACAGCCAGACGCUGGAGGUUAACGUGCCGGGCUACAGCCCACUCACCACCCUGGACAACGACGUUGCCACGAGCGAGUGCACCAACUCGUUCUCACCCGUGUUCACCCUGUCCACGUACACGUUCUCGCUUCUGGAGAGCUCCCCGGCGCUGUCGACCGUGGGCACGGUGCAGGCCACGGACGAUGACAUUGGGCUCUCCGCGGAGGUGCGCUACAGCAUUGUUGACCGCACCGACGACCCCGUCACGUUUGAGAUUGACCCCGUGUCGGGCGAGAUCACGCACACGCUGCCGCUCGACCGCGAGGCGCGGGCGCAGUUUGUGCUGACGGUGCAGGCGCAGGACCAGACGUUCCCCUUCCACACCACCACCGCCACCGUGUCCGUCAUUGUGGAGGAUGUCAACGACAACCACCCCAUGUUUGGGCCGGCGCUGCAGGGCGACGCCACGUUUUACCCCGCCAACACGUCCAACCUGGCACACUACGAGGCCAACGUGCGCAUUGGCACGCUGCAGGACACGGUCGUGCUGCAGCUCAACGCCACGGACCGCGACACGGGCAACUUCUCCGUGGUCCGCUACUCCUUCAAGACGCCAGACGCCGGCGGCGGCGAGUACUACAUUGACGAGGAGACGGGCGAGAUUGCCGUGAGCGCGGUCAUCGUGCGCGAGCAGGGCGAGACGGUCACGUUCCGCGUCACGGCCAUGGACUUGAACGGCCUGGCGACGGACGCGGACGUGACGUUCCACCUCAUCUACACGUUUGACAUUCUCGACUACACGUCCACCUACACGGGGCUGGGCGGCACGUUUGAGGCCGCCCUCGCCUCCGGCACCGUCUCGCGCGCGUUCACGUCUGUGCCGAGCGCCAUUGACCAGGUGCGGGUGGAGCUGCUCACCAGCAAGGUGUACCAUGACGACGCGUACGUGCGCGUGUCUGCGCAGGUGCGCACGGAGCACUUCUCGCCGCCGUCGCUGCUGACGGCGGUCAAGGUGCGCAUCACUCCAGACGCGGGCCUGGCCUCGGACCUCGGCGUCGCAGACCCAAGCACGGUUGCCGUGGAGCAGGCCUGCACCGCGGGCUCCAGCACCAACCAGUUUUCGCGCCUGGGCGUGUGCACGGUGAACGUCGCCGUGCCCGCGGCAUGGUUCACGGUGGCCGGUGUCGGCCGCACCCUGACCGUGCAGGCGGGCUUUGAGGACGAGCGCGCCCCGCUCACGCUGCUGCCCUCUGUGUCGCUUGUGCAGGAGCAGCCCUGGACGCUGAACCGCAACAUCCUCGUGGAGCUGCCCACGCACCCCGCCUUCAAGGGCAAGGUAUACCUGAUUUGUCUGCGAAUUCUCCAGUGCUGCAUAUUUGUCGAAACGACCUGCAUCGUCAACGGCGGGGAGCAGACGUUCCCGCUGCGCAUCGUGACCAGCGACGCUGCCGGCGACAUGCAGCUUGUCACCGGCACCACGGGAACGCCAGGCCUGUCCUGCAGCUCCCGCCACCCGCACGUGUGGGACGUGAGCAGUGACUGCUCAAGCGUGGUCCUCGCUGGCGACGAGACGUCUGGCAUGACCGGCGCCAGCAUCGCCGUGUCUGUGCGCGACGCCGUGAGCAACACCACCGCCAACGGCGACUGCCUUGGUGAGGUGUGGGCGCCGCAGCUGCCGAUUGAGCUGCAGGCGGACAACCCGAUGCUGGCGCGCGUGGCCGGGUGGCAGUGGUUUGACGAGGACGCGUCCACGUGCCGCGACAAGUUCCAGGACACCCGCAUCCACGCCUUUGCCAUGUUCAGCCGCAUGGAGAGCGGCGCCGGCGCCGUGCGCGUGCGCGUGACCAAGGACGUGAGCGGCGUGCUGCAGGCGCUCGACGCCACGGGUGCGGCGCAGUCCACCGCCAUCCAGAUGCAGGGCAACGUGGCGCGGGGCUUCCGCCUCGGAAGCGCAGUCGUUGCCGUCAUCAACCCGGCUGUGCCAGAGCGCACCAUUGGCAACACCACAGUGGAGGCCGUGGGCAGCGUGCCCGUGCCGAGCCUCGGCGGCAGCACCGUUGCCAGCCUGCUGGUGGACGAGCUGGAGCUCAUCGUGUUCACGGACAUGACGGUCAAGCCGCUGUACAGCCCCUUCACGGGCCUGGCGUCGGCCUCGGUCGUCUCCAUCUCGCAGGCGCUGGACCAGGAGCAGGAGGUGGGCAGCGUGGCCGCGUUUGCGCGCUUCCAGGACGGCUCGCGCAUGGUCGUUGGCCCGGAGACUGGCCUUCGCCUCUCCGUGGACCAGGCGAACCGCGGCGUGAUUGCUGUGCCGUCCACGGGCGACCUCGUCUUUGACAACAGGCACGUGCUGGCACAGGGCUCCGGCUCUGGCAAUUUGCUGAGCGCCACGUGGACGGUGCUGUGCGAGUCACCAAACGCCGAUCCGGAGACAGACUCGGUUGACCUUGUUGAGUCGAGCGCGUUCGUGGACGUGACCAUCCCCGCGCCCACGGACGUGCGCGUGACGGGGGUGGACCCCUUGCUCACGUACGAGAGCGACGACGCCGCAGCGGCGGGCCUGCCAACGGAGAGCGAGAUUGGCGUGGCGCUGGUCUACGACAUUGGCAACGGUAACGAGCAGCUCAUUGACAUGGCCACCGACCCUCGCACCGUGUACGACCUCUCCGGCGCCAACGGCGUGUUCACCAUCUGCGCGGACGAGGCGUCGCUGGAGUGCAGCCCGCCGGCGGACGGCUCGUUCUCGCCCGUGAUUCGCCCCAUUGCACCGCAGGCCAACGCCACCAGCGGCGCGGGCGGCGCAGGCGUGCUCACCAUCCGCUUCAUCCACGUGGACAUCACCGUGAGCGUGGACGUGGAGGUGGUCGCCGCCACGGGCGUGCGUGUGGCGCUGCGCCCGUACCCGUCGUACGCCAACAGCAACAACGUGACCGUCUCAUCGCUCAACCGCUACUUCAACCCCAACGACGCCGCGGCCACGGUCCGCCAGCAGGCGGCCAUGAAUGUGGCCCUCACCCUGUCCAACGGCGACUCGCUGGACGUCACAACGGGCUGCAGCGCGCGCAUCCUCAAGCCCGGCACGGGCGUGGUGGAGACGGGCAUUGUCAGCGUGAGCAGUGCCAAGGUGAUUUCCGUGCGCAGCGGUCAGGACGCCACGCUCGCCUCGCGCGACCUGCAAGUGGACGUGUCUGCGCGCUUUGGCUCGUUUGAUGCGCCGGCGCAGCUCCUCACCGUCACGGACCGCGCCGUGCGCGUGCAGCAGCUGAUUGACCUGCGGCUGCCGGGCAAGGCGGUUGUUGACGGUGCGUAUGUGUUUGAGGGCAUUGCCAGCCGCGCGCGCAGCACCAUUGCCAUGGGCGCCAUCUUUGACGACGGCACCAUCCGCAACGACUUUGUGGACGCCACGACGGGCGCCCUGCUCCUGCCGGGCUCCCUCUCCUUUUCCGUCAUCUCGGACGGCUCCACCGCGCCGCUGUCCGUCAACGCGCUGGCGCAGGCCACGCUGCAGGGCACACGCGCCUCGCAGGUGGAGGUGGUGGCCCGCGUGCUCGACAGCCUCGUGUCCGGCUCCACGGCCAUCAUCUGCAACCUGCAGCCGGACGUGGGCGACUUUGACCUGGGCUUCACUGGCGGCUACGCCCUGCCGGCUCAGGCGCGCGACGACGAGUUUGAGGUGCCCGUGAUCAUCAACACGGGCGGCGUCAACCUGGGCGCCAUUGACCUUGAGAUUCGCUACAGCACCGCCUUUUUGGAGGUGCCCACCACCACCACGGGCCCCAAGAUCACUGAGGGCGCUGGCUGGACCAAGGGCAUCUUCCAGGCCGUGGUAGACCCGCCAGGCGUGAUUCGCGUCGGUGGCGCCGUUGACCCAGAGGAGACGGUCGCCGGCACAUCGGUCGAGCUUGCUCGCAUCACCUUCCGCGGUGUCGCCGCAACGCCCGCCCGCAACCCGGCGCAGAUUGUUGGCUCUGUCAUCACCUUUGCCACCAACGACCUGCAGGGGACUGCCAUUGGUGAUGCCACGCCACGCGACGCCGUUGCGGGCCAGAUUCAACCCGUGCCUUACACGGCGGAUCAGCUGUCUGUGCUGCGCCGCUCGCUGCCAGCGCCGUCCCGUGCCGUGGAGGAGCGCCGUGAGCGCGCGCGCCGCGCUGUGGAGACGUGCGCCUCGCCGCCGUGCGCAGACUGCCUUAGCCGGUUCAACGGCGACGCCAACGGGGACUGCGAGUUUGACAUUCGCGACGUCUCGUACACGCAGCUGUACCUGGCCGAGCGCUCGUUCAACUUUGAGCGCCAGCCGCAGGGCGUGGAGCUGAAGCAGCAGCUCAUUCCGGCGCAGCUGGCGGCCAUGGACGCGGACCUGAACGACGAGAUCAACCUGGCGGACGCCAAGUACAUGGCGCUGAUCAACUUCAACCUGCAGCGCUUUGUGGAGGUGGAGGUGGUGCCUGUGCAGAACCAGUUCUCGCAGGGCCGGCUCACCGUCAACGUGACGGUCAAGGCCAAGCCCGGCAACGACAUUGACUCGGAGACGUCUGCCGUGUUUGUGCUGCUGUCCCACCCCGAUCCGUUGCUGCAGAGCAACCUGAGCGCGAGCACGUUUGUGCGCGGCACGGCCGUGACGGGGUACUCGCCCGACCCGGCCAGCGCCAGCGUGCUGGUGCGCGCGGACCGCUACCUGCCGCUCUUUGAGGACUACCAGGUGGAGCAGCAGCCCACGCUGUGCCUGCUGCCGCGCGCGUCUGGCAGCACCAACUGCAACCUGGGCGCCCCCGUCACGCGGUACCGCUACGACCGCAGCACGGCCACCUGUGUCGCUUUUGACUUUUACGGGUGCCAGGGCAACGCCAACAACUUUGAGACGAAGCACGAGUGCGAGACGACGUGCGUGGCCACUUACCGCUACACCGUGUCCGCGGAGGUCAACUUUGUGGCGGAUGAGGUGGGUGCGUCGGUGCUGCUGGUGACGUUUGACUCGCAGGGCGACACAACCACCGGCCGCGACAUCUUCAUGUCGGGCAGCGCCGUGAAUGGCACGUACACGUACACGCAGCAGCUCGACUUUGCUGUUGAGGUGAGCCCCGAGGGCAGCCCGACGUCCACGUCCACGGUAAGCGUGCUGGCCACCAACGGGUUCAACCCGCUGAGCAGCUUUGCCAACCGUCUGCGCACCGCCGACGCCAUCAACGACUUCUCGCCCACCAUUGCGCCCGGCCCGCUGUUCAGCAUCAAGGAGGACACGGCGCAGCAGGCGUCCAUCCUCACUGUCAGCGCCACGGACGCCGACCCGGGCCAGACGGCGGCGACCACGCUGUCGCUGGCCGGCGGCGUGCUCAACCCGCUCACGGGCCUGGUGGAGGCGGGCCGCGUUGGCCUGGACCCAAGCACGGGCAGCGUGCACCUGCUGCAGACGGUGGACUACGAGGUGGCGUCGCAGCGCACGUUCAACUUCACGGUGAGCGCGACCGACAACUCGCCGCCGUGGCCGCGCACGACGCUCAAGGAGUACUCGGUGUCUGUGAUUGACGUGAACGACAACGCGCCCGUGUUCUCGCCAUCUGUGUACGGCGCGCGCAUCUCCGUGGACUCGCCACGCGACACGACCGUGCUGCGCGUGACGGCGACGGACGCGGACAGCAACACGCUGGCCGGCGGGCAGAACAAGGCGCUCACGUACUCUGUGGAGGUGGUGUCGAGCGGCUCGCAACCGACGGACGGGUUUGGCAUCUCACAGGAGGGCGUCAUCUACACGACGGGCACGCAGACGCGCUCGCUCUCGGACACGAUUGAGCUGGUCGUGACGGCGACGGACGGCGGCACGCCCGCGCUCAGCGCUGAGGCGCGCGUGUUUGUGGCCAUCAUCAACGAUGACUACCUGGUGACCAUCACGACGCGGCCCAACGUGAACGACUUUUUGGCGGGGUACGACAACGUCACCAACAGCCACCCGUGCCUGGACGCCCUGGGCGACAUUCUCGGUGGCCGGCUGGUGGUGCUGGAGGUGCUGGCCAACACGGACAGCCCCAACACGCAGACGGACAUCACCUUCUACGUGGUCAACGCGACGAGCCAGGAGGUGCUGCCGACCGACCGCGUGAACACAAUCCUGUCGACGGUGGAGGACUUUGAGGCGUGCACGCUGCGCAGCGUCGACACGCAGGACCGCAGCUUUGAGUCGUCUGUUCGCUUCUCUGCUGAGGAGCAGUGCGACACGAACAUUGGCGAGCCGGCCAGCACCGCGGCGCGCGAGUUCCACAAGACGUGCCUGUCGGACGUGAUUGCCAACCACAGCGCGCGCGUGGAGUGCUACCGCGAAAACGACGCGGAGACCGGGCCGGUGCUGGUGAACCUGCGCGUGUACGACACGGCCAACUGCCGCAACCUGGGCGAGUACCCGCCGGCGAUUGUGGCGACGGCCAACGAGACGUGCGUGCAGGUGACGCUCAACAACGAGACGCUGUUUGUGGAGGCGUACUGCUACGACCUGCUUGGUGCGGGCCCCAACUCCGCCAAGAGCGAGGCGGAGCCCAUCCUGAUUGCCGGGUUCACGGCGGCCGCGCUGCUGGUGUUCAUUGUGCUGCUGCUGCUGCUGCUGCGGUACCAGCGCCAGCGCAAGCAGCUGGAUAACGCGCGCAAGAUGGUGCUGGCGCACCACGGCGACGUGCUGUUUGGCACGCCGGAGCCCAUGCGCAAGGAGCCCGAGCGCACGGUGUUCACUGGCGGGGAGGUUGAUCCGGAGACGGGCGAGGUGGCGCGGUACAAGGAGACGACGACGGUGGUUGACGACCAGACGGGCGGCAGCCGCAUUGGCGUACCGGCCACCGCGAAGCAGUCGCUGGACGAGUGGGACACGCGCCUUCCGUCCAUGUUUGGCGGCCUGCGCAACAACCCGCUGUACGGCACGACCAACUUCCCCACGCGCAUGCGCGGCGGUCGCCCCGUUGGUGGUGCCACCACCACCCUCGCCCCCGACGACGACGACGACGACAGUGAUGACUCGCUCUCUGACGGCACGACGCUAGCGAGCGUGGACGAGUUUGAUGGCUCGUCUGGGUCGAGCGGCAGCGGCAGCGGCGACGACGACAGCCUGCUGGGCGACCUGAGCGACUUUGAGAUGUUUGAGCAGGAGAUGUUUGGCGCGCACGAGACGAGCAAGGGCCACCACCGCAACCCGCCCAUGUUUGCUGCUGCGGACAUGAGCGGCGAUGACCUGAGCGACUUUGACGAGCUGGACGGCAUGGAGGGCCCCGACGGCGAGAACAUCAACGAGGGGUACCUGGACAUGGACACGAGCGAGUCUGAGGACGAUGAUGUGGAGGAUGACAUGAUCAGCGGGAUUGACGACGACGACGUUGAUCUGGACGACAUGUUUGAGGACGAGCAGCCCGCGCCCUCGCGCGGCAUCCUGAAGGUUGGCGGCAACUCUGGCAGCAAGCCGCGCGUGUCGUUUGGCAACGUGGUGGCGCACAGCAUGGACGAGGAGGACGCCAUGUCCAACGUGAGCAUGCGCAAGAGCGCCAACACGCGGCGCCGGCGCGAGGUGACGUCGAUGGACAUUGAGUCGGAGCUCGUCAUGCCUCAGGUGCAGUUUGAGGACGUGGCGACGCCCUGGCAGACGCGGCAGCAGUCCAUCCCCGAGGAGGACGAGGACGAUGCAGCGAGCACGCGCGACGUCAACAUCAACAUUGGCAAUGGCGACCAUGACGACGACGACGAUGAUGAUGACUUCCAGGCGAGCUCGCACUUCAAGGCCGUACACAACCUGUGGAGCCAACGUGGCGACAGCAGGCGUUGA